AGUUAGUCUUUGGUUACAUCUUACAGAAAAAGCGCUACUGUAAACAUUUUACCAAAUAUGUCGGGAAAAGAUAUUCCAAAAGCCUCGAUUGAAGAAGAUGAAGCCAUUCGUUCAGAAAAGGAGUCCGGAGACGAAGCAUCCACACAAGCGUCUUCCAGAGCGUCAAUACUUUCAGUGCAACGAGUAUCGGAGGUACCUUCCGAGAUCAGACGCCUCUCGAAAUCUGUGACUUUUGACUAUUCUUUUAGCUACGAUUGUAGGCAGCCCUUCAACCUGUGUGUGGCGGACGAGACGACGCUGGUGUUCUAUUCUGGUUGCCUGAUACACAUUUUCGACGUCGUGGACAGGAAAUUCACGUUCAAAAGAAGUUUAAAUGGCAGCGGGAUCGGGCACAUUGCUAAAAACCCAAUGGAGGACCAUCUGGCGGUUGGGGAAAAAUGUGUUAAUCCUCUCAUCAUCAUCUACUCUUGGCCUAACUUUGAAGUCGUAUCAAAGAUGUCUGGAGGAACCACCAGAGCCUACUCACAUCUCGGCUACAGCCCAGACGGAAGUAUGCUGGUGUCCCAGGGGAAGGAGCCAGAUCACCUCAUCACGAUAUGGGAUUGGAAGGAAGCUCAUAUCAUUCUCCGUGUCAAGAGCCACGGGCAGGACGUCUUCAACGCCGAGUUCUCACAGUUUGUCCCCGGCCAGCUUACAUCAAGUGGUUUGGGUCACAUCAAGUUUUGGAAGAUGGCUAAGACAUUUACUGGGCUAAAACUGCAAGGGGAGUUAGGACGAUUUGGUAAAACGGAGAUAUGUGACAUUCUUGGAGUAUGCGCAAUGCCUGACGAAAAGGUGAUCUCGGGAAGUGAAUGGGGAAACCUGCUUGCUUGGGAAGAUAAGCUGAUCAAGCUGGAAGUCAGGCAGAAGGCCAAAGGGAAUUGUCACACCGCUCCAAUUUCACAAAUUCAUUACAAUCCUUUUGCGGAAGACAUCAUCUCUGUCGGUAUGGACGGCUGGAUUAAGAUGUGGACGAGAGCAACCAUCGAUGCUGCCGAUCCUCCAGACGAGGAGGGUUGGUUCCUUGAAAUGCAGCCUCUGCUGGAGCUAGAAGUCAAGGACGAGCUCAGUCAAGCCAAGCUCAUGUCUAUCUGCAAGAAGUCCAGUGAUCCUUUAGACCACGAUUGGUUCGGACAGGAUGCAGACGGAGGAAUCUGGUCGUUGAACCUAUCUCCUGAAGGUAAUGCUCCUGAAAGACUGUUUACUUGUCACUCUGGUGCAGUGGCGGACAUAGCACCCUCUCCCAUCGGCUACUAUGUCGCUUCCUUGGGGUCCAACGGUUGUCUUCUGAUACACGACAUCGUGCAGAUGGAACUGCUCAUCACCAAACGGUUUAAGGCCGCCGGCACCUCCUUGCUAUGGAUGCCAAUCCAUGUGGAGGCCAGUGGCGCCGUGCUGGUGGGCGGGUUCGCUGACGGAAUGGUGCGAAUGUUCGUGGUUAGCUUGCGUGAGUUUCAAAGAGCUCGGCAUUCCAGCAGCAGCUGUGACCCUCAGUUAGAGUUCAUUAAUAUGAUACAGGCGAGUACAAUGAAGGUGAAGGCACAUAAUGCUCCGGUGACAGUGGUAAGCCUGAAUCCCCGUGGCAGCAUCCUUGUUUCUGGCAGCGAGGAUCGCACCUUCUUCAUUUACCAGAUCCUUCCUAAGCGAGAGUACAUCAUUCUCAUCCCCAUUGGCUUUGUGGAGUUGCUGGCGCCUAUCAGCUACAUAACCUGGAGGCCACAUGAGAAGGCAGCAGUGGUAGUCGCCUGCGUGGACGGUACCUUACAUGAGGUGAAUUUGCCCGAACGUCCGUGCUCGAUCAACAGCGCUACCUACAGUCUGCAACUGUACAAGGAAUCACUGUUUUUCAAGGCAGCAGCGGUAGUCGCCUGCGUGGACGGUACCUUACAAGAGGUGAAUUUGCCCGAACGUCCGUGCUCGAUCAACAGCGCUACCUACAGUCUGCAACUGUACAAGGAAUCACUGUUGUUCGUUAUUACAGAAGGCAGCAGCAAGGCAGCAGCGGUAGUCGCCUGCGUGGACGGUACCUUACAAGAGGUGAAUUUGCCCGAACGUCCGUGCUCGAUCAACAGCGCUACCUACAGUCUGCAACUGUACAAGGAAUCACUGUUUUUCGUUAUUACAGAAGGCAGCAGCGGUAGUCGCCUGCGUGGACGGUACCUUACAAGAGGUGAAUUUGCCCGAACGUCCGUGCUCGAUCAACAGCGCUACCGUACAAGGAAUCACUGUUGUUCGUUAUUACAGAAGGCAGCAGCGUUAGUCGGCUGUGUGGACGGUACCUUACAUGAGGUGAAUUUGCCCGAACGUCCGUGCUCGAUCAACAGCGCUACCUACAGUCUGCAACCGUACAAGGAAUCACUGUUGUUCAAGAGCGUCAAGUCGGAGCUGAUCCGCGCAGAGGAGCUGCGGGCCAUCGAGCUCAAGAAACAAGAAAAGCUAGAACGCAAACGAGCGGAACUCACGAAAAUAAAAGCCGACAACCCGAAUCUGGACAUCAACGAAGAACUUUAUUUGAUGGACUCGGACGAAGAACUAGAGUUUCCGCCGCUGUAUUACCCUGAAAAACCCAGUCCUAUCCUGUUUGUGAUUGUGCUACCCAAUGACAACCUGCUGCUGUCCAUGGGCGAUUACGACUGUGGUUAUUUGUAUGAGUAUGCGUUUGGUGUGACCGGACCUGUAAAGAGCGAUCCAGUCCCCAAUGCUUUGAAUAUUCCAAUCCACUGCUACACCUACCUAUGCGAUGGGCAAGUACUGGCACUCGGCCUAGAUAAUGGUAUCGUCCGGUUAGUGCACUGUGAGGACGGAGUAGCAGACAUGACGUUGUACUACGAUCUGCCCAUGCAUGACACAGAGCAGGGUGCCGUGCGCCGGUUAAUGACAAGUAACGACGGUAGUUACCUCUACAGUUGCGGGACCGACGGUAAUAUCUUCAGCUACUCGAUCAAUCGUUGGGGAUUCCUGACUCCCAUAGCGUCCUCUCUGGCGUCGAGACAAGGCUCGAUAUAUGUCUCCGCCUCGAUACCAAGGGAUGUGGUGAUAGACGAAAGUGGGGAGAGUGAACCCAGCCUAGAACAGACGAGGACGAACGCAGAGAAGCUCCUGCAGCUGAAGUUGGCUGAAGGCCGCAAGGAGGAUGUUCGACAGAAGCUGGCAAGCCUAAAGAACGAGUUCGAUUACAUAAUUGACAGAAAUUCCAUGCUGCCUGCAAGCCAGAUCCUGCCUCACUCCACGUUUGAGCUAGACGAGCGUAUCACGGCUGCACUGCGAGACAAGAUAGCCGCAGACAUGGCACUGACCAUGCGCAAGCUCGCGUUCCAAGUGGCGACCGCCCGGCUAUUGGUCAAAAAGAUGCAGAACUACUUCGUCGAUGGAAUCGCCUCUUUGGAUGUCACCGUCCGAGCAAUAAAAAAUGAAGCUCUGCGCAUCAAGGCAUUCACACACAACAAGCUUACUUCGGCGUUUCUCAAUGCAGAAUCAGGAAUGUCUGUUCUACUGGAUGCGAAACCUGUUCUGAGUCAAAUGACCUUGGACACCAGUUCUCGGGGUGGAAGCAGUAUUAUAACCAUGAGCAGACUAUCGGGUGUAGAAUCAAUGCUCAAGUUACAGCCGUACUAUUCCAAGCUCUCGUUGAAAGCGAGGAAAGCGGUGAUUAAAAGCAAUAUGCAGAGAUUGAAACGAGAACGUCGACAACAACAGUGGCAAAACUUUUUGGAAUUGAAGCCCGACAUCAAUGCGGACGACCCUGAAGACGUUAUUAAAUUUGAAUAUGCCUUAGAGAACAUUGGCGAUUUCAAACUGAAAGCAUCGGACACCUACAGAGUUCCUGAGAAAAAACGGGUCAGUCCGGCACAGAAGUACUGGCAGAUGUUGAGCCUUCACAAAGAGAUAUUCCAAACUAAGGAGGCAUUCAACAAGAAGGUAUGCCAGGUGAGAGACUCCAAGAUCGCUCUGGUGCGACGGUUCAAACAGCUCUAUCACGACCUGGACACGAUACAGAAGGAACUGAGCCCCGACCUGAGGAAAGAGAGAUUGCCUGUGCCCAAGUGCUACCUGAAAGAACAAUUGGAAUUUGGUGCCGACCCUCAGAUCUACAACCCAGUUUCGAUACCCUACGAUGAAGAGUACUUUGUAUUGAGGGUUAACCACGAGAAGCCAGCACCCACCACUAUUAGCCGCACUUCGUUGGUGUACUGGAAUCAAUCGCUCACAGCAGACGAACUGAUAACUCUGUCUGAUGAAGAUGACAAAGAGACGCCAUGGGAGUACGAAAUGAGAGUUUUGAGAAUGACAAGAUUGCUGCUGGAACAAGACCAAAUAAUCAAAGAGAUGCAGGACGGUGUCGACCAUUUUGAUUACAUGUUAGAGCAUCUCAGUAUCGACCGCCUCCGGUACGCUCGCGACAUCAAGGUCAUGGAGAUUUAUCAGCUGACGCUGCACCAAGAGCUGAUAGUGAUCAACAGCUACGCAGGACGUGAGCAGGAAAUCACUUCAAGGAUUAACACUGCUGUGGCUUUACGCAAUGACAAACUGCGACAGAAAUUCGUGAUUCAAGAUCAGAUUGAGUCAAAGCAGUCAGAUGUGCAGCUUUGGCAACUGAAGUUGGCAGACCUACAAGAGGAGGUGACUGGAAAACUGGCAAACAACAGAUUUAUUACCUUCCUCAGUCGGCUGUUCAAAAAGAAGAGAGCAGUGAAAAGAAGCGAAGAUUCAGACUCUGAGAGUUCCGAGUCGGACGAUGAGUCGGAUGAGGACUACGACGACGACGAGGAUGAGAAUGCAAUUCCAUUGAAAUUGGACGAUAAUGUCUGCCCUGAAGGCUGCGAUGAGGACCUCUAUAAGGACAUUGUACGCUCCAGAGUUCUCAAGUAUGACGUAGAAGAUUGUAUAACAGAGUUGCGCAAACAGCUGGAUGAACACCAGAAGGAAUUGCAAGUGUGCAACAAGGAGUUGGCCAAGUUGGAGGUGGUUGUGCAGGAGACAAAGAAGGAGUUGGAGAUUCUUCAAUUUGAGAAACAGCAGAAGCUGAACGAUAUCGAGUCUGUGGUGGUGCUCAACCUGAGUCAAUUCAGGCAUUUCGAAACGCCCUCACUACCCGAGGAGGGGCUCGUUCAGAACCCUCUGGUGUUUCACAACGAAAUCCUGUGUACUUUGGCCGGUCGUGUCAACGAACUGGAAAAGGAGACUGAACAAGAGCAGACUAAGAUCAGGCAACUAAAAGCUCUGAUGCAACGACUGGAAGCUCGACGUAAGGAAAUGAAGAAGAUCAAAGCAAACAUGAAGAAGGCUAUUGACGGGGAAAUAUUGAAGAAAUUCGGCGAACUAAUUGAUGUAGAUGAUAUGGAAGAAGCAGUGCUGAAGAAAAUGGUUGCGCAAGCCCGAACUGACUACAUGGUGCAACAAAUUCGAAGGAAAUAUGAUAAAAUCGUUGCAGAAGAAAAGACAAAGCUGUGCGACAGAGAGGACGAACUAUUAAGAGUAGAAAAGGAAAACACAAGACGUCUCCGACUACAAACUAUGCUGGAACAUGAGAUGAUAAGGCUCAAGGACCUGAUGAGGGUGCAGUCUAUCAACAAGGACAAGACAAUAACGGUGGAAGAACUUGAAACUCAUGACAAAGAUUUGAAGCAAAUGGAAGAAGUUCUUAAGGAUCAGUUGGAAGUAAGGAGCCAAUUGCAAGGAGAAAUCAGACAACUGAGAUACAAAUGUACACCUCCUGAGAGGCGGAGACCAGUGGCAAAUGUGUUACCUGAAGAAACCAAAAGCCCUUUCCUAGACUCGGAAACUCUGGAGAAGGAAGAGAUAGAAGUAUCUAUGGACAUAGAUUUUGAUGAGGUGAAAGCAAAGAGGAGUCCUCGAUUGUCAACUGAAGACAAUGAAGAAUUGGAGGAAAAGGAAGCUGCAGGUGUAGAGAUGCCAACGGAAACAGUUGUGAUUAUUGAUAACGUCCUACAGAGAUUGGCAUCUGGAUCUUCUGCCUACGAUGUGGCAGUGUCCUUAGUAGAUGAUUUGUUGAGCUUUCCAGGACAAGGUAGUGCACAUAGACACCCAUCAGCAUUUGACUAUGCAUUGAAACUUGUGGAGGAACUGGUGCUUAUCACCACCAAAGUUGAUACAGGGGAUGUGGAGAAUGUGGAAUACUUGGCUGGAGAUCUGUUAAAGAUUGCUCAAGAAGAAGAAGAAAACCUGGACGCUGUUGAGUUUGAAGAUGACAUUACUGAUGGUUAGCUUGAAACUGAUUUAUCUUCUGGAAGUUUAUAUUGUUCUGUUUUAUUAUACCAAUGUUCAUAAAAAAUAAAGAAAUGUUAAAGAUUAGG